AUUGUUUACGGGAAUAUUGACGAGGUCAACCCGUUCGCCUUCGGGAAUCUGACACAGUUACAAGAUCUAGCACUGACUAGGAAUCAAAUUGAACUUGGAGCCGUAUGCGUUUUCAAUCUGCCAGAGUUGAAAGUGAUCACAUUGGGGGAAAAUAUCGUGGAGUUGAAAAGAGAUGUGUUUGAUUUGCCCACCUUGAGGAAGUUGUAUAUUGACAAUAAUCUGACAACGAUUCACGAGAAGGCGUUCGCACAUUUGGUGGACCGGAGGAGUGAGUUGCAUGGGAAUCAGUUGACAGCCAUUACGCCACAGACGUUCUCAGGGUUGAGACGGUUGAAGAUUAGACCUUCACCAAAUCGACUAUCAGUGAUUGGCGAGGGGACUUUUGUCGAGAUGCCCCACCUUGAGGAGCUGAUACUUGAGGGUAAUCGCCUUCAAUACCUGAACGAGCGCGCGUUCGCCGGUUUUGAAGCAUCUUUCGCGUCUCAUUUUGGGGGAAAAUCGGCUACAGAACUUGCAGCCGGGAAUUCUGCAGCGAUGCCCAACCUGACCUACCUGGACUGA